GAUUCUCCUACAUGGCCCGUAUGGUCGGUAUCGUAAAAGACAUCUCCGUUGCUUGUCUCCCAGCAUCAACAACAUCUCAUGGCGCGGUGGAUGGAAUUGUUUUGCUGCUGCGCCAUCGUCCCAAACAAGCGUUUGCGCGCCCUUCUAGCUUCCGGCCUAUAUCUGGGGAUCCCGCUGGUGCAUGCGGCGAUCAAUCCCAUAAUAAUUCUGUGGCGAAGGGUAAACGCUCCACGAACCCGUUCACGGCCUGGGACGGACUCGAGCACGACACUGCUGCUUCCAGAAGGGGGGAGUGGCGUGCCGCAUUGUAUGCUGUUCACGAGGACUACAGACAGCAACCUCGCCAGCAAAUGUUACGCUGAGGAGAGAUGACAUGGGAAAAGUGGAGCGAGAGAACCGUGAAGCUACUGUUUGUUGUGAGCCGACGCGUAAUGGAUGAGCUGACUACAUGAAGCGUAUGCAGGUCACAUGUUGAGCUUCUUGCCGUGCUUCCCUAGCUACGAUUGAAUGGUGGGUUGUUACGUGCAUGAUGUGAGGCGAGAAGCCACAAAGGUACAUGUAGAGUUUACUGUAAGAGCGAGCUCGAAAUAGCCCGUCGCCUAGAUCUGCAUUGCGGAAUACGAUGUAAGGCGGGUACAUGUACGUACACAGCUAAUGUAUCUACUGUGGCGAACUGAAGAGCCAGGGUAA